CCUUGUUUCUUCUUUAGUUUUCCUUUGUGCAUGAAUUCAUGAAUAAAUGAGAUUUGAAUCUCAUCCACGGAAAUCUAAAAUGAUAUCAGAGCAGUGAUCCGAUAGGGAUUAAUUGCAUAAAUCGAUCAAAAUCUCAUAAUAACAAAGCUUCAAAAUAAGCAACAAUGGCAAUAGAUGAUACAACAUCAACAAUGGUGGUUAAUGAGGUUACAACACUUAAUCACAACCAUCCUUUAUAUCUCCAAGCUUUAGAUGCACCUGGUGUAGUUUUGAUUCCAAUAAAACUCAAAGGAUCAGAAAAUGCUCUAUGGAGCAGAUCAAUGAAACUGGCAUGGAGAGGUAAAGGAAAGUUAGGAUUCAUAGAUGGAACAUGUGUGAAGAAUACGUACAAAGGUGCAUUGGAAGAACAGUGGGAAAAAUGCAAUGCUAUUGUGGUGUCCUGGAUUGCAAGCACAUUAGUAGGUGAAUUGCUACCUGGCAUCAUGUAUGCUUCUAAUGCAAAAAGGAUAUGGAAGGAUUUUGAAGAGAGAUUUGAUAGGUCAAAUCUGACUAGAGCCUAUCAUUUAUGAACUGAGAUUGGAAAUCUCAAACAAGGAGAUGAUUCAGUUACAACUUUACUACACAAAAUUGAAGGACUUAUGGGCAGAAAUGGAUGUCAUGAUCCUGCACCAGGCUGUGAAUGUGAUGAAUCAACUGCUUAUGUGGCUCAUCUUAAAUCACAAAGGUUGUUGCAAUUUUUAAUGGGAUUGAAUGAAAGCUAUAGUGCAAUCAGAAGCAACAUUCUAGCCAGGAAGCCAACUGUAACAGUCAAUGAGGCAUAUGCAGUUGCAACACAGAAGGAGAGUCAAAAGGAACUAGGUAUGGUUGAUAAGAAUAGAGAACCUCUAACUCCCUUUGUAAGAAGGACUCAGGAUUAUAAACCUAGAUAUGGAACACCUUGUAGACAUUGUAGAUACAAAGGCCAUCCUGAGAACAGAUGUUGUUGGCUGAUUGGUUAUCCACCAGAUUUCAAGAGCAAAAGGAAGGGAAAUGAUGCUAAAGGUCACAAUGACUUCAAACCAACAACAAAUGGUAUCAAGAAAGCAGAAGCAUCAAACAGUGGAGGACAGAAGUUUGGACAUCACUUUGCUUCGGAAGAGCAAUAUCAGGAGUUGGUAAACAAAAUAGAGAAGGCAGUACCAGGAGAAUAUGCUGCAAACAUGGCAGGGUCUCUUCAAUGGCAAGGUGAUGGGGAUUGGUAAAGAGAAGGAUGGUUUGUACAUAUUGAAGGAGGUGAAGGCACAAAUAAAUGCAACAGUGUCAAACUACCACAAUGAUAUUGGUGCAACUUUGUGGCAUAUGAGACAAGGACAUGCUUCAGCAAAAAACAAUGCAUCACAUUAAUGACUUGCAUAAGAUUACAAAUAAGACUGUUCAAUAUGAGGGUGAGAUUUGUCCUUUAGCUAAACAAUGUAGAUUGAAAUUCCAGUUAGUCAAAGUAGUAUUGUAAACAAGUUUGAUCUGGUUCACCUUGACGUCUAGGGUCCUUAUAGAAGACUUACAUAUGAUAAGAAACAAUAUUUUGUCACCAUAGUAGAUGAUUUUAGCAGAUAUACUUAGUUGUGCUUGAUUCAGUCUAAAUGUGAUGUAACUGUAAUACUGGAAGGAUUUCUUGCUUUAAUAAAAAACCAGUUUGG